UUUACUCGCAGGCCCCGCCCUCGUCCGUCUCCGUCUCAUCCCGCCAAGGUCUGCGCGCGAAAUCUGUGUGGCGCGAAUUUGGGGCUUUCGAGUUUGCGUCUCCGAGCGAGCGAGUGUGGUGUCCCGCAAAGUGAUUUGGAGAGGUACAACUGAUGAAAAAAAAAGAGCAAGAGAGGAAGGGAGAGAAUUCUGCCAACAUGCAGAGAAGUAUUAUGUCAUUUUUCCAACCCACAACAGAAGGUAAAGCGAAGAAGCCAGAGAAGGAGAUACCCAGCAGCAUCAGAGAGAAGGAACCCCCUCCAAAGGUGGCAUUGAAGGAGAGGAAUCGAGCGGUGCCUGAGAAUGAUUCUCCAGUGAAGAGACCAGGAAGGAAGGUGGCCCAGGUUCUGAGCAGUGAAGGGGAGGACGAAGAUGAAGCCCCUGGUACCCCCCAAGUCCAAAAGCCUGUGUCAGACUCCAAACAGAGCUCUCCUCCCAGCCCUGACUCCUGUCCUGAGAACAGCAGCCCCUCCAUGGACAUCUCCCCAUCAGGAUUCCCAAAGCGCCGAACUGCACGGAAGCAGCUCCCAAAACGGACAAUUCAAGACACUCUUGAGGAGCACAAUGAAGACAAAGACAAAGCAGCUAAGAAAAGGAAAAAAGAAGAUACACAGACCCCAACAGAAAGCCUCAGAGAGGCUGAAGAAGUAAAACAGAAGGAAGAACAGGUGGAGGACCAGCCCACAGUACCCCCUGAGCCCACAGAGUCCCCUGAGUCAGUAACCCUCACAAAGACAGAGAACAUUCCAAUGUGUAAGGCAGGUGUGAAACAGAAGCCUCAGGAAGAAGAACAGAGCAAGCCUCCUGCCAGGGGUGCCAAGCCACUGAGCAGUUUCUUCACACCCCGAAAACCAGCAGUGAAAACUGAAGUCAAACAAGAAGAGUCAGACACUCCAAGGAAGGAAGAGACCAAGGGAGCCCCGGAUCCAACCAAUUAUAAUCCUUCCAAGAGUAACUACCAUCCCAUUGAAGAUGCCUGCUGGAAACAUGGCCAAAAGGUUCCUUUUCUUGCUGUGGCCCGGACAUUUGAGAAGAUUGAGGAGGUGUCUGCUCGGCUUAAGAUGGUGGAGACACUGAGCAACCUGCUGCGCUCCGUGGUGGCCCUGUCCCCAACAGACCUGCUCCCUGUUCUCUAUCUCAGCCUCAACCGCCUUGGGCCGCCUCAGCAAGGUCUAGAACUGGGUGUUGGUGAUGGUGUCCUCCUCAAGGCAGUUGCCCAGGCCACAGGUCGUCAGCUGGAGUCCAUCCGGGCUGAGGUAGCUGAGAAGGGGGAUGUGGGGCUAGUGGCGGAGAACAGCCGAAGCACUCAGAGGCUCAUGCUGCCUCCACCUCCACUUACUGUUUCUGGAGUCUUUACCAAAUUCUGUGACAUUGCCCGGCUCACUGGCAGUGCUUCCAUGGCCAAGAAAAUGGACAUUAUCAAGGGCCUUUUUGUUGCCUGCCGCUACUCAGAAGCCCGGUUUAUUGCCAGGUCCCUAAGUGGGCGGCUGCGCCUUGGGCUGGCUGAGCAGUCAGUGCUGGCUGCUCUUGCCCAGGCUGUGAGUCUCACACCCCCUGGCCAAGAAUUUCCCACAGCCGUGGUGGAUGCUGGGAAGGGCAAGACAGCAGAGGCCAGAAAGAUGUGGUUGGAAGAACAAGGCAUGAUCUUGAAGCAAACCUUCUGUGAGGUGCCUGAUCUGGAUCGCAUCAUCCCUGUGCUGCUGGAACAUGGCUUGGAAAGUCUCCCAGAGCACUGCAAGCUGAGCCCAGGGGUUCCUCUUAAACCAAUGCUGGCCCAUCCCACUCGGGGUGUCAGUGAGGUCCUGAAACGCUUUGAGGAGGUCGACUUCACCUGCGAGUAUAAAUACGAUGGGCAGCGGGCACAGAUACACGUUCUGGAAGGUGGAGAAGUGAAGAUCUUCAGCAGGAACCAGGAAGACAACACAGGAAAGUAUCCUGACAUCAUCAGCCGCAUCCCCAAGAUUAAACACCCCUCAGUCACAUCUUUCAUUCUGGACACUGAGGCUGUGGCCUGGGACCGGGAAAAGAAGCAGAUCCAGCCAUUCCAAGUGCUCACCACACGCAAGCGCAAGGAGGUUGAUGCAUCGGAGAUACAGGUACAAGUGUGUCUGUAUGCUUUUGACCUCAUCUACCUCAACGGAGAGUCCCUGGCCCGCCAGCCCCUGUCUCGACGCCGGCAGCUACUCCGUGAGAACUUUGUGGAGACAGAGGGUGAGUUUGUCUUUGCCACCUCCUUGGACACCAAGGACAUCGAGCAGAUUGCUGAGUUCUUAGAGCAGUCAGUGAAGGACUCCUGUGAGGGCCUGAUGGUGAAGACCCUGGAUGUUGAUGCUACCUAUGAGAUCGCCAAGAGGUCACACAACUGGCUCAAGCUGAAGAAGGACUACCUUGAAGGUGUGGGCGACACUCUGGACCUUGUGGUGAUUGGUGCCUACCUGGGCCGGGGGAAGCGGGCUGGCCGGUAUGGGGGCUUCCUGUUGGCUGCCUACGAUGAGGAGAGUGAAGAGCUGCAGGCCAUAUGCAAGCUGGGAACCGGAUUCAGCGAUGAGGAGCUGGAAGAACAUCAUCAGAGCAUGCAGGCCCUUGUAUUGCCUACCCCACGCCCCUAUGUGAGGAUUGAUGGGGCAGUGGCCCCAGACCACUGGCUAGACCCGAGUGUUGUGUGGGAGGUGAAAUGUGCUGAUCUCUCCCUGUCUCCCAUCUACCCUGCUGCACGGGGCCUGGUGGACAAAGAGAAAGGGAUCUCUCUUCGUUUCCCUCGGUUCAUUCGUGUCCGUGAAGAUAAGCAGCCAGAGCAGGCCACUACCAGUGACCAGGUGGCCUCUUUGUACCGGAAGCAGAGUCAGAUUCAGAACCAGCAAAGCUCAGACUUGGACUCUGAUGUUGAAGAUUAUUAACCUCCUGCUCUCCUGGACCUGGGGUGGAGAUUGAGAGAACAUGGUUACUAUUGGACUGGUUGUGUUGACUGGCGUGCAGGUGCUUACAGGAUGAGAUCCUGGGGCUGGGAUGCUUCAUUUUAUUCAAUAAAUGACUAUCAUUUGACUA